AUGAGCAACUGGGGAUGUCUAUACCUGAUUCUGAGAGCGAACUUCGACGGCUUGAAAUCUGAGACGGUUCCAAACCCACCACAGCCACGCAAGGGAGAUGGGAAAGUGGAGUAUUGGCCUGGAAAGCGCGCGACAGGACUGAAAUAUGAUCGCGAUGCCGGUAAGGUGCACCUCCAGUAUGUGGAUGUGACAACCGGUGAAGAUGGAACUGUGAGCGCAGACACCAUUAUCGCAGCAGAUGGGGUGCACUCCACGAUUAGGAAAAUAUUGCAGGUACCGACACGCAAGGAUUACUUUAUUCCAACGGAGACUGGACAUGUUGAACCUGGCAAGCGUCUGAUCAACUGGGUGUGGUAUUAUGUUCUUCCCGACGGAUCCCCCGAGAUGGAUACCAUCUUUACCGACAUACAUGGCAAGGUACACCCCAACACGGUUCCUCAGGGGCUUGUCAACCCUGGCGUCUGGGCUUCUCAGGUGGCGCGAUACCUCCCACAAAUGACGGCUCCACUAGCUGAGGUGGUUAGCAAAACACCUAGGCCGUUCGUAACGAAAGUGGGAGAAGCGCAAUGCUUUACGCCCAGCUUCUACGAUGGGCGUGUUGUCCUUGUAGGCGAUGCUUUCACAGGCUUUAGGUCUCAUCUGGGGAUGGCAUCCGAACAGGCUGCUCGCCAUGCUGUGCAAAUGGACAAGGUCUGGCGGGGAGAGAUGACCAUGGAGCAACGCGACCGGGAGGCAAUUUUAUACGCGAAACGCUUCAUUUUAUUGAAUAGGAUGGUUGGAUGGACGGGCCUAGGAUGGGUAUUUUCCCUUUUCACCGCAAUGGCGAGUUAUGCGUGGCUGGCCAUUCAGCAGGGGCUGGGUAUUGCGUAA